AAGAAUUUUAUUCAACCAAGGAUAUCACACUUCAACUUGUACACCAGUAUUCUUUCUUCCAAGACCUCAAAUACUUCAACCAAUGGGUAAAACCAUAAGGUGGUUUAAGAGUUUGUUUGGGAUAAAGAAAGAUAAUUCAAAUUCAAAUUCAAAUUCUUCAAGCAACAAAUUGAAUCCUUCUCCUUUUGAGGCUUUCUCAAAGAGAGAUUCAAGAGGUUUGUGUCAUAAUCCAUCUACUAUACCACCCAACAUUUCACCUGCAGAAGCUGCUUGGGUUCAAUCCUUCUACUCAGAUACCGAGAAGGAGCAAAACAAGCAUGCUAUUGCGGUCGCAGCUGCCACGGCAGCAGCUGCAGAUGCUGCCGUGGCAGCUGCUCAAGCUGCCGUGGCUGUCGUUAGAUUAACCAGUCACGGCAGAGACACUAUGUUUGGUGGCGCUGGCGCACACCAGAAAUUUGCAGCUGUCAAGAUUCAAACCACAUUUAGGGGUUUCUUGGCAAGAAAAGCAUUGAGAGCAUUAAAGGGUUUGGUAAAGUUACAAGCAGUAGUGAGAGGGUACUUAGUGAGGAAGCAAGCAACAGCAACACUACACAGUAUGCAGGCACUAAUUAGAGCACAAGCAACAGUAAGGUCUCAUAAAUCUCGUGGACUCAUCAUAAACACAACAAAGAAUGAAACACAUAACAACAGAUUUCAAACACAAGCAAGAAGAUCCACGGAAAGGUACAAUCACAAUGACAGUAAUAGGAAUGAGUAUACAGCUUCAAUUCCAAUUCACAGUAGAAGAUUAUCAUCUUCUUUUGAUGCUACUGUGAAUAACAGUUAUGAUAUUGGAAGUCCAAAAAUAGUAGAAGUUGAUACUGGUAGACCAAAAUCAAGGUCUAGAAGGAGUAACACAUCAAUUUCAGAUUUUGGCGACGACCCGUCAUUUCAAACACUUUCAUCUCCACUACCAAUUACACCUUCUCAGUUAUUCAUUCCAAAUCAAAGAAAUUUCAAUGAAACAGAAUGGGGAAUAACAGGGGAAGAAUGCAGAUUUUCAACCGCGCAGAGCACUCCGCGGUUUGCAAGUUCUUGUAGUUGUGGAUUUGUUGCACCUUCCACACCUAGAACAAUUUGUGGAGAUAGUUUUUAUGUUGGUGAGUAUGGUAACUAUCCUAAUUACAUGGCUAAUACACAGUCUUUUAAGGCUAAAUUGAGGUCUCAUAGUGCUCCUAAACAACGACCUGAACCCGGUCCUAAGAAGAGACUUUCAUUGAAUGAAUUGAUGGAAUCUAGAAACAGUUUGAGUGGUGUUAGAAUGCAGAGAUCUUGUUCACAGAUUCAGGAUGCUAUUAAUUUUAAGAAUGCUGUGAUGAGUAAAUUCGAUAAGUCUACCGAAUUUGAUAGAAACUUCUCCACCCAAAGGAGGUGGUGAUCUAUAUGUAAUAGUGUCGUGUCUGAUAUCUGUGUUAUGUCGGGUCUAAUAUCCGUGUGUCCGUACUUAAUAGGUGGUGAUUUUAUUAGUGAAGUUAAGAAGCAUUUAUGAAAGAGCUAGUUUUUCAAUUGA